CCUUUGCGAAAAGUAUUGAAUCGAUGACGUCACAAAAGCCGAGAGACAUGGUGGAGUAGAACGGUGGGGUGCACGACGGUCGCGUUGAAAAAUGUCCGAUUACUUUAAUUUAUCAUCGAGGUGAACGCUGGUAAACAGACCGCGCUCGUAUCGUCACGAGAGUAGAUCUUUGAGCCGGUGUAGUAUCGAAUCUGAACGCUACUGUGUCGCCGUUUUAACACGUGGACAGAAAAAAGAUAGGAAGAAAAGAAAAAAUAUAUACAUAUAUAUACACACACACAUAUAUAUAUAUUAUAUAUAUAUAUAUAUAUAUAUAUAUAUAUAUAUAUAUAUAAAAGAGGAACAAAAAUCAAAGUAAGAAAGAUAGAGAUAGGGAGGGAGAAAAAAGAGAAAAAAGUGGUCGUUCGUCGAAAAAACUUAUGGAAUCGAAUCGGCGAGUACAUUUUUGAAGGAAAAAUAAACAUAGAAAGAGAGAGAGAGAGAGAGAGAAAGGAAGAUUCAGUAACAGAGUUACGAACACGAAGAGUGAGAUAGACGGAGAGGAAGAAGAGGAUAAAACGGAAAGUGCAGCGUGACCUGUCCAAAGAACCAGCUUUGGGAGCCUGUGAUCACGCAUGUGAAAUUGUUUCUGACACGAAAUAAACUCGCUACAAAUUAUAUUUGAGUGGAUCAAAACAAGGAUGGAGAGUAUUAGGAAGGAAUGAUAGAAUGCAAGAGGGUAGCACCGCCGUGGCGCUAGCGAUGGUGACUCCUGGUUAUGAUCAGGACCCUGCGAGUGGGGUUGCCGAUUAUACGACUCAUCAGGAUCAGGCCCAAUUUGAAGCAGACAAGAGGGCUGUAUAUAAGCAUCCCCUAUUCCCACUUCUCGCGUUACUUUUUGAAAGAUGCGAACAAGCGACUCAGAGUUCGGACAACUCGACGUCCGAGAGUUUCAACAUGGACAUACAAGCUUUUGUUCAACAUCAAGAAAGAGAUCGAAAACCUUUCCUAAUCAAUGACCCAGAAAUUGAUGGUUUGAUGAUCAAGGCGAUACAAGUGCUGCGGAUUCAUCUCCUGGAAUUAGAAAAGGUACAGGAGUUGUGCAAAGACUUCUGCAACAGAUACAUAACGUGCCUGAAAGGCAAAAUGCAGAGCGAAAAUUUGUUACGCAGCGACUACAGUCACCAUGGACACGACAUGGGUCCGUCCAGUGGCAGCAAUGGCAGCAGUCCAUUGCAGGUGCUGUCAUCUACAGGCAAUGAUGUUGAGUCGGGAACUAACGGAUUCAGAGUAAGCAGAGGGGAUCUGCUAUUGGAAAACGUUGGUGCAAAUCAAGUGGCCGUACAAGAGGAUGUUGGAAACGAUAGACCUUCCUCGGUUCGAUCUACGUCUACCAAUCAAUGUUCUGUCAGAUCUAACAGCCAGGAUCAUGAUGAACCAGUAUCACCCUCUACAGUACAUGGAAGUACACCACUUUCUCAGAUUGGCGCUCAUCCUUGCACUCCUGUUAAUGAUAUGUAUCUUGGUCAAGAUGAUAUCGACUAUGUAAAUACUGCUGACAGAAUAUAUUUAGAAGAAGUUGGAUACUGGGGUCUUCUAGCAUUACAAGAACGGGAAACCGAAUAUGUGGAUGUUGGAGAUGCUAAUGAUGAAAAGUAUUUUGAUAUUACUGUUGCAGGAUCCCCUUCUCCAGCUCCAAGCGAAGAUGAAGAAGAAUGUGGCACUGGUACUGUUACCUCAAAUCAUGGUAGUAUUCACGGUAGUAAUCAUGGAAAUGUUAAAAAGGGCAGACAGAAGCGUGGUGUUCUACCUAAACAAGCGACUAGUAUCAUGCGAACAUGGCUCUUUGCACAUAUAGUUCAUCCUUACCCUACGGAAGAUGAGAAGCGACAAAUCGCGAGUCAGACAAAUCUAACAUUGCUUCAAGUUAAUAACUGGUUUAUAAAUGCGCGCAGACGAAUCUUACAACCUAUGCUCGAUGGUGCUGGUGCAGAAGCGGUAUCUCGUGUAGGAAAACGUCAUAAGGUGUCCAAGCAUGCGGUUCAGCAACAACAAAUUCAACAGCAACAAGCUGGCUGGCAAUCCGAAGAAUCGGGAAGUGAUUCGGGUUCUAGCGAUGGUGAAGGAGGUGCCGAUAGAUCAAAAGACGGUAACGAUAGCGAUGAAGAUGAUCUUCACUGACCUCUGUCGAUCACUGAAACGUCAACCUCUUUAAGGUACCUUCAAAUCCAGUUGCUUAUUACAGUAUUAAGGUAUUCGAGGAUAGAUUUCGCUUUAACUGUUAAAUACGUAAUCAUUCUCGCGGCAACCAAGGGUACAUGAGUAGAGGUUAUCACGCUCUCUUAUCUAGCGAUGUUUCUGGUCUGGCUUCCUUUAUAUUAAAACAAAAUUCUCGUCUCUAAUUAAUCUCCACUCAUUACCCAAAAGAUAAUAUUUCAAAAAGAAAUACGAAAAUCUAUGUUCCCUAAGUACUGGAAAGAAAUCAAGGUCUUCGAUAUGUAACUUAAUUAGAGAUACGAUUGCGUUUACGAAAAAAGAUAUAAAAUUUAUUUACCGAUGAUAUAUCUUCAGUUUGGUAAAUUAGUAAUAAGAAUUAAAUUAUUCUUAGCACUUUUAUGGAUUACCGAUGUUUAUUACUAGAGUCGUUCGAGUUAUGACACUAUCGUAUCUGCAGAAAAUAUAAUUAGUACUUCCACAGUUCAAUAUUUUUUUACAAUUUAUCAUGAAAACUUUCUUUAGUCUACUACCAAUAAAAAUGUUAUUUGAAAGUAUCUGCACUGUUUAAUUUACACCAAAAAGAGAAAUGCAGACAAUAGAAAUGCUACAUAUAAUAAUGAUAUUAAAAUCUGUAUAUAUCAUAUAAUUUUGUUAUUUACUGUAAUUUCAAUUACGAUCAUCUAAUUUCACUAAGAAUAUCUUCGGAGAUGCGAAACAUGCCAUAAUAUACUAGCGUUUUUAUAUUUUUAUACAAAAGAAAUUGCUUUCUAAAAAGGUAUAUUCUUUGUAAAGUUACAAUAACUUAAAUUUUAUCAUGUUUUUCUAAUCUACAUGUGAUAAUGAGAAAAUAAUAAAAGAAGGACAGUGUCUGAAAGAGUAACCAAUAUUUAAUUUCUUUCACCUGUAUUUUAAUAUGACUUAGCUUUGUAAAGAAAGCUAGUAAAUUUAACUAAACAGUCGAAUUGAUUAAAUUAAAUGUUGAAUUUCUUUCUGUAUACGACAUCCACUAGUCUUGUAUUUGCCGCAGACUCAAUUGUUUCACUUGUGCAGAUAUAAUUAAUAAAAGUUUUAUAUAUAUACAUAUAUAUAUAUAUAACUGUAGAUUUAUAAUCAUUGUUUUCUGUGCCAUCAAGGAGCGUGGUAACUUCCACAAUCUUUAUUCAGCUCUGCAGUGUCGUGACAUAGCAAAGUGCUGUCCCUCCAAGUUAACAAUAAUAAUUAUAAUAACAAUAACGAAAAUGAUGACGAUAGUAAUAAUACUAAUAAUAAUACAACUAUUAGUAACACGAUGAUAAUAUAAUAAUACUUUAAAUAUAUGAUGAUUAUAUUUUUAAACUCUAAGUGUCGUCUCUGUGCAAGUACCGUAAUUUAUAAGACGGUAUUACUGUACAUAUGAAUAUGAAACUGUUACUAAGAUACAAAACUGAAGAAAAAUUAUUACUAUCUAAAAGAAAAAUGGAACUUUCCUUUUAAAUUGACAAAGUCUAGCGAACGACGACACCCACAUGCCAUUUAUAGAAUAUAAGUAUUUGUACUUUUGCUGUCUACACAUGAUCAUUACGUUUUACAACAAGUAUUUAUAUUUACUGGAUACAGAGUGUUGGAAAUUUAGUUAAAUAUUCUAUGUGGAAAAAAAUAAAAACAAUAGAAUUCCUAUCAGACUGAGUUGCGUCGAUUAGAAAUAUUUAAAAUAAUUUUUGUUACAAAUUUUAAAGGUGUUUCUUUCAUAAUGUAUAAGAAACAUUAUACUUAUUCCAUGUAAUCUCUUCUGAUGUUCCGUCCAUCACUUUGUACAUUUACAGAUACAUUUUCUUCCUGGAUAAUUUAAAAAAAAAAGAAAGAAAGAAAAAGAAAAAAAGAAAUAAUAAAAAUGAAAGAAAACCAGCAGACAUAUGUAACACAAUGAAAUUCUCUCGUAAAAAGGAUAUUACAAUGAAAUUUAGAAUUUUUGUUUAGGAUUAUCAUAUUUGAAUAGUUCAAUGUAUAGUACAUAUUUCAGUUUCUUCUUUUAUAAGUUUGCACAGGUAUCUCACAGCUUACAUAUAAUCACACUAGUCAGUUUGAGUCUAAGAAGAAAACAAAGUUCUCAAAACAAUAAUAUUGAACUAUCACUUGUACACAGUAAAGUUACAUAAACCUAAAGUCUUGAGUACUUCCUUAUGCUUUAAUGUACAUAGUAGAUUUACAGAGUGCUUCCAUUAGUAAUUUAUAAAUUAUCCUUCAGUGUAUUUACAAACGUGUAUUUGAAGAGAUUAAAUGUAAGAUUUUGACUAACUUCAAUUGAAAAUUUUGUCCAAUGUAUUAUUAUAAACUGAGAUAUGCAAAAACAGAUGUGCUGACAUUAUUGUACAAUUAAAGUUCAGUAAAACGCUAUUAUCAGUUGAAGACAGCUGACAGUAUAGCUCCAUAUGUGUGGUAGUAAAAGAAAUUAAUAUAAUAUAAUUACAAAAAUGGAAAUUUGUAAAGGUGGUGUAUGAAUGAAUGAACGGUGGUUUAACUAGAAAUACAUGUACUAUUUGAUAAAUGAUGUAUGCUUAAAUUUUCAAAACAUCUGUUCCCUUGUAGCUUCAUCAAAAUUCUUUGCAAAUUUUUAAGGGCACAAAUGCUACCUAGUUAGGCCGCUGUUUCUAAAUGACAGCAAUAAUACAUGCUCCUGGCAGCAUGAGAGACUAAGAGAAUCAUUGCUUUAAUAUGUAACAUAAACUACCUGGUACGGAACUAUACUGUUUUUAAAUGAUUAGAAUUCAGAUAAUGUUAGAUUAAGAGGUAGGUUAUAAGGCUGAACCACGUAUACGUAUGUGCUGCGGCACCAGACGACUGUGAUAACUCGGUGGGCGGUGCCCAGCCUCCUACUUCAUACUUGUAUACUAAAAGCUAUGAAAUACUUAUAAAAAACAAGUGGGAAAAACUUAAUGAUUUUGAGGAGGUUGAACGUGUGUCGUAAACGUGCGCGUUAAAUGGAAAAAAAACAAAAAAAAAACAAAAAAAAAACAAAAAAAAACUAAAAAUAGUCCAUAUGCACAU